AUGAAGAGGCUGCAGCUCCAACGAUGGAGCACCUCGGCGCUAUCGUCGCGCGCCAGAACUUGUGGCCGGUUACAGCCACAACUCUUCUCGAGCAAGCGGUUCCAGUCAACAGUUUCGGCACCUUUACAAUCUACAAGUGAACAAAUAGCCGGAGAACAAUCGAUUCUUUCUACUACUACUCGCAAACCGCCCACUAUUCCGCAAAAUAAACUUCCUUCACCAAGAGUCGUGGUCGCACGCCGGUCUGCAAAACUUGCAGCGCUCCAUGCACGACUUUACCUUCCUUCGCGAUUACCGCUCGAAACACUAGCACGAUGCUUAGUUGAUCCCUCCGCAGACCCGAAUCCUCAGUUCAAUAAUGCAUCACUCGCCGUCCUCGGCCACGACCUCCUGACCAAUUAUGCCUCCGAACACCUUAUUUGCACAUAUCCACGACUACCCGUGACGGUUAUCUGGGCGGCAUUGUUUGCUUACGCCGGCCCUAAAACACUCACUGCGAUGGCCAGAGAAUGGGGUGUGGAAGCUGCCGCUGAACCCGGUGGUGAGGUAAACCCCGGCCUCCUCCAAUUUACGAGAGUUCAGCCCGGGACCGAUGUAAACGCAGAGCGUAUUGUCGGCACGACACGAACCUACGAAGACCAGAAGCAUUGGCGGAAAUCGGUUUCUUCGAGCGUUGUCUACGAUAAUGAAUUCGGGGAUCCCGAUACCGCAGGCGUACUACCUUCAGAAUCACAAACACCACAGGAAUCAAAAGGAGUAGCCCUUGAACACGCCAGCACUUCUUUCGUACGGGCGGUUAUGGGCGCCGUCUAUCUCCAUGCUGGCAGAGCAGCUGCGAAGCGUUUCUUUGAACAGCACAUUAUCUCUCGACACCUCGACGUUUCCAGCCUGUUCAACUUCUCCGAGGCGACGCGUGACCUAGCCCGACUCUGUGCGCGUGAAAACUACGAGGCUCCCAUCGCCAAGAUUAUCAGCGAAACCGGCCGCAGGAGCAGGCACCCCGUCUUCGUUGUUGGUAUUUACUCCGGUAAAGAUAAAUUGGGCGAGGGCGCAGGCGCCAGCCUAGUCGAGGCUCGGACAAGGGCUGCCGUUGCUUCUCUUAAGGCGUGGUAUCUUUACAGCCCGUUGGAAGUACGUGUACCGAGUUCAAUGGAGGAAGAAGGCGCUGCCCCUUGGAAGCCGGUUUAUGUGGAUUUGGGUGAGGUUGUUGCAUAG